AUGGCUCGCUCCUCCGUCUCCCGGACGCGCGUUGUCGUCCGCCAGUCCUAUUAUUGGCCCGACCAACAGCUCAACUUCUGGAUCAUUAUCAUGCUCGCCACCGGAGGCGUGCUCAUAGGCGUCUUCGCGGCCUUCCUACAAGACCAGCAGAGGUUUGGGCUGAAGAUACCAUGGUUAUUCCCAUACGGCAUAACAGUCGGGUCACUGACCGUGAUCUUCGUUUGGAUCAUGCUAGCGCUGAUAUACCAACGCCGCCUUCUACCCGGCGUUGUUAUUAUCGGUUCCUUCAUCCUGCUCGUUCUAUACAUUACCGGUGUAAUAGAAACCGCCAUCCAGCUCUUCCGGAAUACGAACGGCAUCAACGGUCAAUGUAACAGUCUGAAUGCGAACGCUCCCGGGACUGGAUUAAGCCUGAAUAUGCUGGCUUGGUUGGAGCUGAACAGCAUAUGCCAGAGCUGGCAAGCAGCUUUCGCCUUCUGGAUAGUGGGCGCAGUGUUUCUGCUAUGGAUGAUCGUGUUGGGCAGUCAAGUGGCAAGGAAUGGCGGCGGCGAUUGA